AUGGCUGCUCCUGUGGAAUUCUUUACGCUGCGCCUUCUUCCUGGUGAGAUUUACCACCUGGAUACCAUCCGUGAUCUUCAGAUCACCAAUGUGAGCUAUGCUGAUCCGGAGAACCUGAGUGGCAAGAAGCGCACUGUGCUUCGUGUUCACUACGCUGGCAACCCGAUCGACCUCGAUGAUGACGAGGAGGACGAGGAUGACGAUGUUGAAAUCGAAGACGAUGAAGACAAUGGAGACGAUGAGGAUGAUGAUGAAGAGGAUGAGGACGAUGAGGAUGAUGAUGAAGAGGAUGAGGACGAUGAGGAGGAUGACGAGGAGGAGGAUGACGACGAGGACAUGAUUGACGUGGAGCCUCGUGUGCCUAUCUUCACCGAGGAGGACUCGUACGUUGUCUGCUCGCUCAUCCCCGAGAAGGUCGAGCAGGUCACUCUUAAUCUCCAGAUCAGUGAGGAGGAAGAGGUUGGUCUCUCGGUGUCGGGUAACGAGCCUGUGGAUAUCAUCGGUAACUACCUCAUGCCGUCGUUGAACGACUUCGACCCAGAGGAGUUUGACUACGCUGACCUCGAAGACAUGGAGGACGAAGACGAGGACGAGGGUGAGAACGAUGAGGAUGAUGAGGACGGUCCUCUUCUCCUGGAGGGUGGCGAUGCCGAGGACGAUGAGAAUGAGGAUGAAGAUGAGGACGAAGAUGAGGACGAUGACGAGAUCGACGUGGAGGACCUUGAAGACCUGGAAGAUGGAGAGGACGAUGACGAGGAUGAGGAUGAGGAUGAGGAUGAUGAGGAUGAUGAGGAUGACGAGGACGACGAGGCUGUGCUCAUCGAAGAGGUUGACGACGAGGAUGACGAAGACGAGGACCAUGACGAGGAGGAGAUUGUUCUGGUCCCCAGUAAGAAGCGCUCGGCUGCUGAGAUCGAUGCCGACACGUCGGAUGUGAAGCUUAGCCGUGGUCAGCGCAAGCGCCUGAACAAGAAGCUGAAGGCGGAGGCUGCUGCUGCGGCUGCGGCUGCUGCGCCAAAGUCGCGCGAAGACAAGACGAAGCUCCCAUCUGGCCUGAUUAUCGAGGAGAAGAAGACCGGCACGGGCCCCGUGGCCAAGCCGGGCAACCGCGUGAGCAUGCGCUAUGUCGGCAAGCUCCAGAACGGCUCGAUUUUUGACUCGAACACCAAGGGUCGUCCGUUCUCGUUCCGUCUCGGUAAGGGUGAAGUCAUUAAGGGCUGGGAUGAAGGCGUGAAGGGCAUGCAGGUGGGCAGUGAGCGCCGUCUUACCUGCCCCCCGCAUCUCGCAUAUGGAAAGACUAAGUUGCCUGGUAUCCCGGCGAACUCGACGCUUAUCUUUGACGUUAAGCUUCUGGAGAUUAAGUAA